UUAGUUUUAGAAUAGUAAAGACAUGCAUUUACCUUUAGGUUGUUUAGUUUUUUUCUUUAUUUUACAAAACUCAUACUGUGAGGAAUUGCCUGUGAAAUAUGUGAGUUUAAGAACAGUCGACAGUUUAGGAAGAACAAUUCCAAGACUCAGUCAGCAAAAUUUACGAAAUUAUAAUGGACCAAUAAUCCUUAAAAGAGAUAUUCCCAAUAAUGUCAUAUUGAUCCAAAGUGACUUCAAACAAAUGCCAUCAAUAAAAACUGCAAGGCUCGAUGAAUUCUACAGCACAAAGGAAUUUAAUGAUUUAUUAAAGGAAUUUAAAUUGAAUAUCGAUAAAAAUAAGCUGCCAGACAUAAAAGAUGUUGCAUCAUUUCUUGGCACAACUAAUAGUGAGGAUACAUAUAAGGAAAUUCGUGACUUUGCUAGUACAGAGGAUGGAUUGGACAUAAUAAAAAGUUAUUUUCAACAAAACUCAGCAAGUGAUAGAAUGGAUGAUAUUUUCAAUAUUUUCAAUACUCAGCCAAAGGCAAGCAUGUUUCAUUCAGAUUCAGAUUAUAGAGCCAAUGGUGAAAAUAAUGAAAAUAGUUCGUGGUGGGAUAAAUUGAUUAAAUGGUUUGGACUUAGUCAAUCAACAAAAAUUGAUUCUGCGAAAAAUGAUGUGGAAAUCUUUUCAUCUAUAGUGCCAUUAUCGAAUUCAGUUCCAAAAAAUGUGAAAUACAUUGGAAGUUUAUUCAAACCUCCACCGAACACUGAAAUUCCAAUUAAUCCCCCAUUUAAAGUAUUUAAUUCCCAUUCAAUUAAUUUAAGUAAUCAACCAUACUCUGUCGAUGUAAAAACGCUUCCAACUAUUCGGAUGACAGAACAUCAAUAUAAUGAAAUGAUGAAAUCUGUUAAUUUAAAUUCACAAAAAUUGGCUAAAAAUGAAGCAAUGAGACGUGUUGGGGAUUCAUCAAAUAAGGAAUUUAUUGAAGAUCAAUUUAAACCUUCCGAUAUCAAAAGAAGCUUCUCGAUACAAUCCGAUCCUAUUCGUCAUACAUCAUACGACCUUCCCACUGGUUCCCAUUAUAAAGCAAAUCCUGAUUAUAUUGAUAAAAUUUCCAAAAUUCUUUCUGAAAAAUAUGAUGACAAACAUGUUGUUUCGGCAGUUUCUGAUCUUACAGUUCAACAGCACUCUCGACUUUAAAUCAAACAUACUGUAAGGAUGCAUACUAUUGGAUAUAAAAAUAUUUUAAUUAAAUGGAGAACUCUACUCGAUGGCAUGUCUUAGCUAGAGGAGAAGGAGAUAUUUUUGGAGUGUCACACAUAAUUAGUGUUCUUCUUUCCCUGACAGUUGGUCGUCAUUUGUGAUAAACCUCUUAACCCGAUUUUUAUUUUAAUUAAUUUAAUUCAGUAAAUUUUAAAAAUUCAUCAUGGAAAAAAUAGUUGCUGAAAAUAUUCAAAAGCCUAAGGUUAUAUCAUCUUUAUGACUUAAGGAUUUGAGUACUGGUGUUAUCUUGACGAUAUGUUGUAGUAGACAAAUAAAGAA